UUGGGCAAUUGUGGUUUCCUCCGGAGGGGAGGAACUCAGGCUUGCCAGCCCCGUCCCUGGGCUUGUGAGCCCUAGCGACUCUGGUAUGGAGAGCGUGGUACAGCCUUCAGUGUUUGUGGUGGAUGGACAGACGGACAUCCCGUUCAGGAGGCUGGGGCAGAACCGCAGGAGACGGCGCUGCGGCGUCUCCCAGGUUAGCCUGGUCCUGAUACUGCUGCUGGGCGCUGGCCUGGGCGCCCAGGGCUGGUUCCUACUCAGACUGCACCAGCGUCUUGGGGACAUGGUAGCUCGUCUGCCGGAUGGAGACACGAGCUCUUGGGAGAAGCUGAUCCAAGAGCGGCAGUCUCACCAACCCAACCCAGCGGCACAUCUUACAGGAGCCAACGACAGCCUGAUAGGUGUGGGUGGACCCCUGCUGUGGGAGGCCCGGCUUGGCCUGGCCUUCCUGAGAGGCCUGACCUAUCACGAUGGCGCCCUGGUGACCAGGAAGGCUGGCUACUACUACGUGUACUCAAAGGUGCAGCUGAGCGGCGUGGGCUGCCCCCAGGGGCUGGCCAGCAGCUUCACCAUCACCCACGGGCUGUACAAGCGCACGUCCCGCUACCCGAAGGAGCUAGAACUGCUGGUCAACCGGCGCUCGCCCUGCAGCCGGGCCAACAGCUCCCGCGUGUGGUGGGACAGCAGCUUCCUGGGCGGCGUGGUGCAUCUGGAGGAGGGCGAGGAGGUGGUGGUCCGCGUGCCCGGGAGCCGCCUGGUCAGACCCCGCGAUGGCACCAGGUCCUAUUUCGGAGCAUUCAUGGUCUGAGGGCUGCGGUGACGAUGGAUUGCGUAACGGGGCCUCUCCAGGACUGACCCGCACACCCAGCAAGCCGGGAUGGUCAAGCCCCGCUUCGCGCAGCCCCGAACUCUGCCGCGCAGUGCUCGGGAGGACAGCUGACCUGCUUUGGGCAAUCUUCAAAUCAGAGAGCUGGAGCCUUGCGGUGUGGAGCUCCGGGGCCAGCACGCGUCAGCCCGUUUGCCUGAUAUUCAGGAGGAAAGAAUAAAGCUGGGUAUUUAUGCUUCUGAUGCAGACGCCGGGAUUUGGGGUUCCUGGGUUCUGGGCCAGAGACAAGAACUGCUUGUCUCUGUCCCGGCGUGUCGGGAAGGCCUUUAUCACUUGGGUGCACACGGGGCUCCGGACUCGCCACUACGCCGGCCUCUCCCACCCAUCUGUGGCGUUGGUCUCCAGCAACCAACACUCCCUUGGUCGGGACAGGCCCAACGUAAGGCUCCUGAGCACAUACACCCUUCAGGGACAACCUUCAUGGGAGCUCAUUGCUGAGCCCAGUGUGUGGCUGAGACAGACAUUCCAGAAUGGUGAGGGAAGAAGGGAGAGAAGGAAGAAGGAGGGAAUGCAGAAGAGAAAGGGAAAAGCAAGACAGAAAGAAGGAAGAAAUGAAGAGGGAAGAACCCAGUUAGAACAGACCAUGCCAGGCCCGUGGGAUGCCCGGAGCUCACGGGACUGUGGGAAGGCACAAAGGGGGCAGAGGGCUUGGGUUAUGCCUCAGGGGGUACAGAGCUCAUGGCGCAGUCCUGAGGAUCUGACCUUGAGGCCACAGAAACCGUGUGAGGACAACAGAUGUGGUGAUGAGCAUUUGCAGUCCCAUCAGCAGGGAAGGAGAGGGAGGAGGGCAGGCGGCCUAGCUGAAUCAGUGGACUCCAGGUUCAGGGUGAGUCUGCCUCACAGCAGGUAGACAGCUGCUGAAAUGGCAGCCGAGGCUGUUCUCUGGACCCCACGUGCAGGACACCUGCAGAAUAAAUUAAAUAAAGAAUAUUAAAU